CCCUCCCCCCCCCCCCCUUGCCCCCCCCCCCCCCCCCCCCCCCCCCCCCCCCCCCCCCCCCCCCCCCCCCCCCCCCCCCCCCCCCCCCCCCCCCCCCCCCCCCUCCUCCUGCCCCCCCCCCCCCCCCCUCCUCCUGCCCCCUCCCAUGCCCCCCCCCCCCUCCUGCCCCCCUUUCCCCUGCCCCCCCCCAUGCCCCCACCCUCUCCUCCCCCCUCCCAUGCCCCCACCCUCCUCCUGCCCCCCCCCCAAAGCCCCCCACCCUCCCCUGCCUCCCCCCCUGCCCCGCACCCUCCCCCCCCCCUCCCCCCCCCCCCCCCCCCCCCCUCCUCCUGCCCCCCUCCCAUGCCCCCACCCUCCUCCUCCCCCCCCCCCUCCCCCCCCCCUCCCCCCUGCCCCCCCCCUGCCCCCACCCUCCCCCUCCCCCCCCCCCUGCCCCCCCCUCCCCCUGCCCCCUCCCAUCCCCCCCACCCCUCCUGCCCCCCCCCCAUCCCCCCCACCCUUUUCCCCAUGCCCCCUCCAUGCCCCCCCCCCUCCUCCCCCCCCCCCAUGCCUCCCCCCCCUCCUGCCCCCCUCCAUCCCCCCCACCCUCCUCCCUCCCCCCUCCCGCCCCACCCCUCCUCCUCCCCCCCCCCAUGCCCCCCCCCCUCUCCCCCCCCUCCAUGCCCCCCCUCCUCCUUCCCCUCCAUGCCCCCCCCCAUGCCCCCCCCCCCCCCCCCUCCAUCCCCCCACCCUCCUCCUGCCCCCCUCCCAUCCCCCCCCCACCCCCCCCCCUCCCCCCCCCUCCCAUCCCCCCCAGCCCCCCCCCCAUCCCCCCCCCCACCCCACCCCCCUCCUGCCCCCCUCCCAUGCCCCCCCCCUCCUCUGCCCCCCCCAUCCCCCCACCCUCCUCCUCCCCCCUCCCAUCCCCCCCACCCUCCUCCUGUCCCCCCCCCCUCCAUGCCCCCCCCCUCCUCCUGCCCCCCUCCCAUGCCCCCCACCCUCCUCCUGCCCCCCUCCAUGCCCCCACCCUCCUCCUCCCCUCCCCCCCCCCCCCCCCCCCCUCCUCCUGCCCCCCCCCCCCCCCCCUCCCCUGCCCCCCCUCCCUGCCCCCACCCUCCUCCCCCCCCCCCCAUGCCCCCACCCUCCUCCUGCCCCCCUCCCAUGCCCCCCCCUCCUCCUGCCCCCUCCAUGCCCCUCCCUCCUCCCCCCCCUCCCAUGCCCCCACACCCUCCUCCUGCCCCCCCCAUGGCCCCCCCCCUCCUGCCCCCCUCCCCCCCC